AUGAUCUGCCCACUGCAGGGCAACACCAAGAAGGCCGCGCUGCACCCAAUAUCACCCAAUCUGAACGCGCAAUCGGGAUCGAAAACCCCACCCACUGAAAUCGCCGAUUCCAUUUUGACCAGCCCAUGGACAUCCUGGUUCUUGGAUCCAGAGCAGCGCACCCACGCCGCAGGCGAAAUCGCCCUAAACCGGGUGGGCCUGGGGGCAGCAGGGCCAGAAGAGGCCACGGCAUGUGCAGCUGAUGAAUGCUUGACCUGGCGAGCUGAAGAAGAAAUUCUUGAAACUGGAGAGGACUUGAGCACCCAAGGGAUGGCUGGGCAGCCAGGUUUAUCUGAAAGCCUGAUGGGGCCAUCGGAAAUUGCGCAAGGGGGCGGCAGGCCCAAGGGAUCAAGAAAGGCAUGGGGUUUUAGCAGUAGCGACCAGAGCCUGCAUCACCCACCCGCAAGAAUGGAAGAACCAAAACGCCGCAGCGUGGUGAUGGACUUUGGUCACUUGUGA